AUGUCUAAUCGGCUCUCUUUUGUCAGGAUCAUCGUCGGCGUGAAAUAUUGCUUCAGGUAUAACCAACGCAAUCGCCUGCGCAUGAAUGGGGAAGAUCCUGAGGGAGUCGACCUUGGCGCUAUGCCUCGACAGCAUCGUCGCAGGCGCGAAAAGAAGUUGAUGACGAUGGAUGAAGUCAAUGAAAAAUUCCCCUUGAUCAAAUACAAAACCUGGCGCUCCAAUCGAGCCGACGAAGGGCUGCCGACCGCGGGAGGGAUCAACAACGCCUCAAGACCUGCUAGUAUUCGCAAUCGGCCUCGGGACUCGAAGGACGGCGGCGACAAUAGCGACUCUAGAGAAUUGUCUCAUGAGCAAACCACGACGACCAUUGACGAGAAAUCCAUCCAACCCGAGCAUGGAACCCCGGAGAUUGUGGGAGACGAACGGGACGCGGAUGCUCGGCCUGGUACGCUGUCACGACCUAAGUCUAGUCAAUCGACGAUGGCUCCCUCCACUCCCAUCCAAAAAGUCAGCACGAACGAUGAGGAUGAGGAGGAAGAGGAACCGAUCCAGACCGCUGUUCCUCCUGAACAGUUGCCGGAGGCUGGCGACGCUUGCGCGAUCUGCAUUGAUACCAUCGAAGAUGACGACGACAUCCGUGGUUUACAUUGUGGUCAUGCCUUUCACGCCUCAUGUGUUGAUCCUUGGUUGACUUCGCGGCGGGCAUGCUGCCCUCUUUGUAAAGCUGACUAUUACGUCCCAAAGCCUCGGCCGGAGAGUGCAAAUGUCGACGGCUUGGCCAGAAAUGGUGCCCAUGUUGAUGUGCAACCACCGCCCACCGCCUUCUCCAUCGGAACUGGCCGAGGUGGCAGACGACCAGCCAUGAUUAUUCCCGGACGAUUCAUGAGCAUUGUCUAUCAUGACCGCGACCGACAUGGAUUCCCCGUUGUGGUACGGACGGAUAGACCGGGUCAAGCAGAACGCGAACGACGGCGACAACGACAAAGAAUGGCCAGCUCUACGACCACCGUCGAGGAAGGUCUCUCCGCGGACCGACGUGGACGGACUGGCUGGUGGUCGAGAAUUCUUCAGGCCGUGCCUCCUAGUAGGUACAGUGAAACGGCUCACCUACCGGAUGCACCCGGUCUGAAUCCCGACCUACAACUGGCCACACCUAGGCAGCUGGAAGCUGGAAGGUGA